UUACAAACUGCACCCUAACUUAAGUCGUUCCUGUUUCUAAACACCUGCUCCCGCUUCCUGCCAUUUGUUUAACAGCGAAAACCCUAUUUUUCAAGAAUUCCAAGUUCUAUUGCUUAAUUCAUAAACCCAAAAUCUCUUCGAUUCUAUUUAUUUAUUUAUUUAUUCUCCAAGAAGCCGUACGCUUCAGUUCAGUCUUCUCUUGCUUGUUCCCAAACGAUGUCGUAUCGCCCAACCGGAAAUUCAAGGACCGAUGUCCGCCGGAGCCGCUAUAAGGUGGCCGUCGACGCCGAGGAGGGUCGCCGGCGUCGAGAAGACACCAUGGUGGAGAUCAGGAAGAACCGAAGGGAAGAGAGCUUGCAGAAGAAGCGGCGCGAGGGUCUCCAAGCACAGCAGAUUCCCGCUUCCGCACAAUCCACUGUGCUAGAGAAGAAGUUAGAACACCUACCUACGAUGGUUGCAGGUGUUUAUUCUGAUGAUAAUAGCCUGCAGCUGGAAGCAACUACUCAGUUCCGGAAGUUGCUUUCGAUCGAGCGUUGUCCGCCGAUUGAGGAGGUUAUACAGGCUGGUGUGGUUUCUCGGUUUGUUGAAUUUCUUUCGAGGGAUGACUUUCCGCAGUUGCAGUUUGAGGCAGCCUGGGCUUUGACAAAUAUAGCUUCUGGAACAUCUGAAAACACCAAAGUGGUCAUUGAUCAUGGAGCUGUCCCUAUUUUUGUAAGGCUCCUUGCUUCUCCCAGUGAUGAUGUCCGUGAACAGGCAGUGUGGGCCUUAGGAAAUGUUGCUGGGGAUUCUCCUAGAUGCCGUGAUCUUGUACUUAGUCAUGGUGCACUGCUUCCUCUGUUGGCACAAUUGAAUGAACAUGCCAAACUUUCCAUGCUUACGAAUGCUACCUGGACACUUUCAAACUUCUGCAGGGGCAAGCCACAGCCUCCUUUUGAUCAGGUGAAACCUGCUCUUCCUGCCCUUGCUAGUCUUAUCCAUUCAAAUGAUGAAGAAGUCUUGACAGAUGCUUGUUGGGCACUUUCAUAUCUUUCUGAUGGUACAAAUGACAAAAUUCAAGCUGUGAUUGAAGCUGGUGUCUGUCCCCGGCUAGUUGAGCUUUUAAUGCACCCAUCCCCUUCAGUUCUAAUUCCUGCUCUUCGUACAGUUGGAAAUAUUGUCACUGGAGAUGAUAUGCAAACUCAGGUUAUCAUCAACCAUCAAGCUCUUCCUUGCCUUCUUAAUCUGUUGUCUAAUAAUUAUAAAAAAAGCAUCAAGAAGGAAGCUUGUUGGACCAUAUCAAACAUCACAGCUGGUAAUAAACAGCAGAUUCAGGCUGUAAUUGAGUCUAAUAUAAUUGGUCAUUUGGUCAGCCUGCUUCAAAAUGCUGAGUUUGACAUCAAGAAAGAGGCUGCUUGGGCUAUAUCAAAUGCUACAUCUGGUGGAUCUCAUGAACAAAUCAAGUACUUGGUAAGCCAAGGGUGUAUCAAGCCCUUGUGCGAUCUUCUCAUCUGUCCCGAUCCUAGAAUUGUGACAGUUUGUCUGGAAGGACUGGAAAACAUCUUGAAGGUGGGAGAAGCUGAUAAAAAUAUGGGCACUAUUGGUGAUGUGAAUCUAUAUGCCCAAAUGAUUGACGAUGCGGAGGGUUUGGAGAAAAUUGAGAACCUUCAGAGUCAUGAUAACACAGAGAUUUAUGAAAAGGCAGUGAAGAUUCUUGAAACAUACUGGUUGGAGGAAGAUGACGAGACUAUGCCUCCAGGGGAUGGUUCACAACCAGGGUUUAACUUUGGUGGCUCUGAUGGUCCUGCUGUGCCACCCGGUGGAUUCAACUUUUAAUUAGAAGAUAUUCAUGCUUUUUCUUGGACAUUAUUCAGAAGUUUGUCAACUGCAGGAAUUUUGGCUGGCUUAAAGUCGUUCAGUACCACAGGACAACAAUUGGGGUAAAGUUAAUGCUGUCAUUGUGUGCAUCCUAUAAGGUCCAUCCUUGGUAAAUAGAGGAUUGCUGGACCCAGCUUUGGUUUUCGCACUGGCUGGUUUUACAUAUCACAUGGUGUCAGAUGAGUUGUGGCAUGGUUUUUUUUGCCACUUUAGAUUGCACUUACGGGUUCAUUCUGCCAAGUAAUCAUCAUCAUAGAAUUGAUGUUCAGUCUUGUGGUCUUUCCUUUGUAAUAUGCUAAAUAUUAUGUCUGUCCUUCAUUAUAGUUACAAGAAAACAUUGAAGUCUUUGUUUUCCCUGAUGUUUCCCCGAAUGGGCGUUUUUUCGUUAUGUUUUUUUGUGUCUUUCUAGUUUGGUUUGAGUAGCAGAAAAAUAGUUUGGUGCUACCAUUUUUUUUAAUUAUCAACUGUCAAGUGUCAAAACAUCAUACAUAGUUUCUUAUCUCGUUUGUUGGUUCUCCAACAAAAUACCUCCCUAUUUAACGGUCUCAAAGUGGGGUUCAUUGAUUAUACCAUUCAGCCUAAUUAUACAUAUAUAUUUUAUA